UCGCGCAUUCGCCGCGUGCGUCAGAAGAAAGCUCCGUUGCACCUGAGGCAUUAGAUUUAAACGGAUCAUCCAGGCAUUUGUUAUACAAGUAUCUGCCAAAUGGAACGCAAUUUGGUAGCUGAAUGAACACAAACACGGCCCGACAAAGCGAUGAAAAGUGUAUGAUUAAUGGCUAAGAAGGGGAAAAGACUGCGAAAAAUGGCCGAAAGAAGCGAAGAGCCUCUUUGUUUACUUCCGCGAAACACAAAGCAAUGACGUCACAUGGGUAGCUGCAAUCGCACAUACGCCGCGUUGUACCGGCCUCAGGGGGUUUCGUUGAUCGUUUCGAUAUAUGGCUUCGUUGGAACGGCAAGCCAAAACCAAAACCAAAACAAACGCAGCAUGUAGCCAACGAUCGUGCCAACAGCUGAGCGGAAAAGCUCUGGGAAAAGCUUUUCCAUUUAGCCGGCUACGGAAAGAUCCAUCGAUCUUCGAUCUUCUCUCUCAUUUCGGUCUUUGUCCAGUGCGUUCUAGACGGCGCGCCUUUACAGACGUGCGGCGAUUCAAAAACAUCGUUUGAUCCCAGACCAUAUAUCUAAUAUUAUGCAAUAAGUGCGUGAAUGUCAGUGAAGUGAAGCAACAUGAAAAGUUGCAAAUAAUUUAAUACACAAAUAAAUGAACACGCAAAAGCAACAGCAUCAAAAACAACAGCCUAGGGGCGAAAGUGAAGCAUAAACAAUGUAUAGCACCUCGCAGGUGUGAAAAGUGAACAAUGGCGCAUCGGCGGUGUGUGAACAACCUGGAUCAAGGGAGCGACCCACAGAACCCUAAGCAAUUAUGAAAUUAAUAGCCAACUAAUUGGCCGAUUGAAAAGCGAGCGAAAACAGCUCUGAACAGCAUUGAACUUAGUGAGCAGAGUGAGCAGACUGAGCAGAGUGACAAAUUGGCGAGCUAACGACCUUGCGGAUCGCGGAUCACCGAACUCUCUUCAGCCAGCUGUUGUGGCCAUGAAGCACGAGAAGACCCUCGCCAUGGCUGCUCCGCAAAAGCACAGCUCCGCCCACGUUCCCCGCAGUCCCAUCACCAAGGCCUUUGACUUCCUGCCCUGGUCGCGGAGUCGCAGCAAGGUCAACAUGGCCAAGGCCCAACCUCAGCAGGCGGACCAGCAGGCGGCCUCUGUUUCUGUGCCUGCCGCUGCCGAGAAGCCCUCGGAGGUGCACUAUCACAAGAACAUCUUCCGCAGUGGUGGUGGCCUCAUCCGGGACAUCCUGGUGGGCGAUAAGCAACUCCAGCUGAAGGACAAGCCGCCACAAUCUCCGGUUCCCGCGCACAAAAAGAAACAGAAGCACUUGUCGCGGAACAAGAGUUUGGAUAUCCGGGAACUCAUAGGUUGUGUGGAGCGCGAAAUGGCUCCGGUGAUGGGAGGUCAACCAGCUCGUUUCAUGGACGACACCUACAUAGACCACAAGCCCAAGCAUAUACUCUUCAAUGACGACGAGAAUACGGUGUAUAUCAUUAAGAAGGAACAGCCUGUGGCCAAGUCGAGCCAUAAGGCUAGUAACCCAUCAUCGUCCACUGCCCCGGCCAAUGGAGAUGUGCUAAAGGCCCGCCUGAAGUUCAAGCGGCUACCGGGGGAUCACUACGAGGCCUCGCCGGAGGCCCUGCGACGGGCACAUCUCCUGCACCAGCGAUCCGAGCAGCGGCAUCAGUUGCAGCGGCGCAAGAGUCUCAGCGACCAGCAGAGCAGCUCCAGCCUGAGCAGUGGCGGCGGCGGCGGCGGAGGGGGUGGCAGCAACGGCAACGGGAGCAUUAUGCUGGAGCGACCCAAGACGGACAAGCCGCGCAAGAAGCUGUCCUUCCGGGAGCCCAUCAUAGCCGGCGACCAGAUGCUGCCGCUCAUCCUCACCGAAGAGCGGCAGGCGAGACAGAGGCGUCGCAGCUCCCCCCUGGAGCGAAGCAGGGGGGGUGGCUUGACGGGGGCAGGGACUGGGGCGGACUGUGAUAAUUUAUGCAAUGGCCGCACAAAGGAUGCCAUUUCCUGCGGCUGUGCGACGAGCGAUCCGGAGUCUCAGGCCAUGCGCAUCGUUCGCACCGUGGGACAAGCCUUUGAAGUGUGCCACAAAUUUAAUCUUCAUAAGAAUUCCCUGGAACCCAAUGACGAACGCUCCGACAUCUCCUCCUCGGAGCUGCUGGACGUGGAGCAGAUCAGCGAGCAGCAGCUCAGUGAGGACGGCGAACGCGGUGGCGACAACGACACGCCCAAGAAAGAGCACUUGGCCAUAACGCCCGAUCUGAGCCACACGCAGCCGCAGCGCCCCAACCACUUGGAGCUGAUGCCAUCGCAUUCAAGUCUACGCAAGUCGAACAGCCUGCUGUGUGAUGUGGACGACAAUCCAGGCUCACCCUCCUCGCCGCGUUCUGAGAUCACCCAGCUGAAGGACCAGCUGGAGGCACAGGCUCUGCAAACGCGCCAGGCCCUGGGCCAACUGAUGCUGGUGCGGGAGCAGCUCAUCUCGGAGACCAAUGCGCGCAUCGAGGCGCAGGCGCGCACCCAACAACUGCUGCAGCAGAACCGGGAGCUCCUCGAGCAUCUGGCCUCCUUGGGGGCCUACAACGAGCAGCAGAGUGCCGGACUCACGUCGGCCAACAUCGGAAUGGCGCCGCAGCAAUCGCAGCUGCAACUGCUGCUGCAGGCCACCAGCAACAACAACAACCUGGCCACAAUCAACCAGCAGAUCAGCAAUCUUGGGAAUAUUAAUCAGCAGUUGACCUCGCUGAGUCACCAGUUGAGUGGUCUCAAUCAGCAGAGCCAGCACCUCCAGAACUUGCAACAGCAACAGCAGCAGCAGCAGCAGCAGCAGCAACCCACUCCGGCCACGCCCCCUCCCGUGGCGGGCGGCAGUAGUGCGUAUCCCUCGAUGAGCGCCCUGCAAAGUAUCAGCAAUCAGUUGCAACAACAGCAGCAGCAGCAGCAACAACAAGAUGCCUUGUCCAAGGAUCUGUUUCAGGUGAAUCAGGAGCUGCUGAACCGGCUGCAGGCCCUCAACUUGAAUGCCAAUCCUGGCCAGGGACAGCAAACACCUUCGGCCUCGCCGCACAACUCCUUUUUCUAUGUGAAUCCCCUGUCCUGCACACCGGCCACGCCCAAUAACAAUGCUGGCGGCGCUGGAGGUUUCAACUUCCUCACCUCACCGGCGGCCACGGGAACGCUGACGCCCUCUCCGCUGGCCACCAUGAAUCGCAACUCCUUUGCCGGAAGUUCGUCGUUGAACGAGGAUAUACGCCUGAGCAUCGAGCAGAACCUGAACAACCUGGAGGAGCAACUGAAGGCAGCGGUCUCGAAUGGCAACUUGGCUGGUUUGGCCUGCGGUGGAUCCACCAGCACCAGGGACACCAGUCGCAGCUCCUCCACCCUGGACUCCCCCUCCUCACCCCGGUUGAGGAGCAGCAACAACAACAUAAGUCCUGGCAGCAGCAAUGGCCACCAGGGCCACAACAACAAUAGCAACAGCAACAGCAACAACAACAGCAGCAGCAGCAGGGAGACGCGCUUCAAUACGGUUUUGUUGAGGGUGACCGACGAGGCGGGUCACCAGAGGAAGCUGUCGGCCACGCCCAGUUUCAUCACGCGCAGCACCAGCGAGAAGGUGCCCAAUCGCAGCCAGAUGAUGAGCCAGGUGCAGAGGACCACUUGGGCCAGGCAUACCACCAAAUGAGAGGAGUUGGACCAGGUCAUAGGUUAAAGGUUAAAGGAUUCAAAGAGCGAGAGCGAGCAUGAUGAUGAGGAUGAGGGUGAAUGUGAAUGAGUGGGUGCAACAGUAUUAAAUUAGGAGAAAAAAACCCUACUUUAGUUAUGCAUUUUAGGUGUCCUAGCAUUGCGGGCAGUAAAUAUGCCAAUUAUUUGCCCAGCUCAAAUUCUAUUUAAGUGUAAAAUAUAUAUUUUUAGCAUUAUCCACUAGCUCAAAGUGUGCCAAAGUCAAAGUCUAUAACCCUUUGGAGUUUGGUUAGCUAAGUAAAAGUAUUUGUGAAACAUAAUCUUAGCAUAUCAGCAACGAAGAAACUUACUCAAGUUUACAAUUAUCGUUUGAAAGUAUUUUCUCUCCCCUAAAUGAAAUCUAUAUCUACACACCUAGUGUUUAAGCUAAUGAGUCUAGUCUAAACUGGUUAAGUUGGAUACUGUUAUUUUUGUAAAUUGUUGUAAUUUAAUUCAAUUUAUGCGUGACCCGCAUAGGCUUUUCCCCCGCAAAGGAGCAAUAAUUAUGUGAAUUGCAUUAAUUAUUUGUAAAUUACAAUUUCAAAUAUUCGUUUGAAUAUGGAAUGCAGGCAGCAAAAAUGAACGGCAGACAACAAAAAUAAUAAUAAUAAUAAUAAAAAU